GGGAAAGGAGGGUGAGUGCCUGCGGCUCCAGCUGGAAGCCAGUCAGAGGAGAUACGCUCAUUACUGGGGAAGGAGACUCUUUAGCUUUCUUCAUGGGACUCUCUCCUCCCCCUGGAAGGCGUUGAGGGGGAUAAGCUGAAACAAGCCCUCCUCUUCAUCCUUAUCAUAAACACCACCAGGUGGGAAUAAAGCUGAAGUUACCGAGAGGCUGCCAACAACAGGCUGGACGGUUCUGAAAAGCGACAAGUUCUGUCCUCCUGUCUCGGAUGGUUUGAAGAUAAAAUAUCUGCACGGCUGACAACUGGUCUACCAGUCAUGAAACGAAUUCUUCUGUUUUUUAUCCUGGCUGCUGCUGUUAUGUAUGGCAUACUGCACGGAAAUCUGUGGAGAAAUAACCUCUACUGGAUUAGCUUUUAUGGACAGUCUUCCUCUGUGAGGGCCCCUCCUUCCUAUGAGACUAGUGGAGUUACCCAGCUGCCACCUACAGAUGUGGAGAGAAGGAAUGCACUGGACACUUGUCUCCUGAAACCAGCAUUUGAAUCUUUAUUGGGUGUUGACAAAAUAUACCCGUUCCUGUGUGCUAAUGAUUUUAUCAGAGUGGCAGAGUUCCACGGGAGCGAUAAGUUUGAACUGCCUUAUGGAAUAAAGAGAGCAGAACAAUUUUUUCAUUUAGCUCUUUCAAGACUGCAGAACUGCGGACUUUCCAAUGAAGAUGACAGAGUUGCCUGUCGACGGUGUGUUGUGGUCGGUAAUGGAGGAGUACUUCGAAAUAAGACAUUAGGGGAGAAAAUUGAUUCGUAUGAUGUGAUAAUAAGAAUGAAUAAUGGCCCUGUUAUAGGGUACGAAGAUGAUGUUGGAAGGAGGACGACUUUCCGCCUUUCUUACCCGGAAUCCAUCUUUUCGGAUCCGAUCCACUAUGACCCUAAUACGACUGUUGUUCUCAUCGUCUUCAAACCACGUGACUUGAAGUGGCUUUGGGAGAUACUAAGUGGUCAGAAAAUAAGUGCUAAAGGCUUUUGGAAGAAACCAGCCCUGAAUAUGAUAUACAAAUCCAGUCAAAUCAGAAUUCUUGAUCCCAGUAUCACCAGAAAAACAGCAUAUGAAUGGCUUCGUUUCCCAACAAGGUUUCCCAAAAAGGAGAAACCCAAGCAUCCAACAACGGGGCUCAUUGCCAUUACGCUAGCAUUUCACAUAUGCCAUGAAGUUCACCUGGCAGGCUUCAAGUAUGACUUCACUGACAGAAACAGCUCUUUGCACUACUACGGCAAUGACACGAUGUCUCAAAUGAUGCAGAAUGAAUACCACAACAUCAAUGCUGAGCAGAAAUUUUUGAAGAAACUUAUAGACAAGAACUUUGUAGUCAAUUUGACAUGAAAGCUGAAUGGAAAAUAUGAAGAACAAUCACUAUUUUCAUGAUUUCAAAAGUUUUUAUUUUUUGUAUGACAUUUUUAUAUUUUAAGUGCGGCAUAACUGUUUACUGUUUAAAAGGAACCCAGAAACCUCACCAAGGCAGAAGCUUCUAAGCUUGGGGGUAAUGGGCUGUUGCAAACAGAAUAAACUGAAUUUCUGUGAAACUAUUUAAUAAUGGAAAAACCAUGAAGCUUUCAGCUGAAAGUAUCAGGGAUAUAUAAAAAUGUGAUGCAGAUUACUUAUUUAUCAGCAAGAACUCUUUCCAAAUGAUUACUUCUCUGGAAUACUUUUGUUUCUGGUGUCGUCCUCCAAAAAAGUUACACUGUCAAGAGUCUAAGGUGACCAGCGUUUAAUUAGUAGAUGGAUGUAAGAUCUUGAAUGUCUAUCUUGAAGUAUGCAAAUGACUUUAAAACAAUGCCUGGGAGUCAUUACUGUAUGUCAGGAAGAAGGGGGAACAUACAGAGUACAGGUUUUGCUCUGCCCUGCUCCUGAGGAGGGAACAUCCAUCUUCAGCAAAGAAGCCACAGCUUUGGCACUGGCCAUCGACCCUGGAUUGCUGCCUGCUUUUGCCAAAGGUGAAGGCUCUUUGGUCUGAUUUGUGGAGAUGUUGGUAUCAACAGUGCUCGUCUUGUACCUGGUUUAUGGGAAAUCAUCUUCCCCAGGCUGUGUGUCCAGUAAAUUGUACUGUUGAUGACCCCACUGAGAAAAGAGGGAGUACAAAGGCUGAAGAGUUGUCCUGCCUACCUGUGUGUCAGCUGCUUCCUCAAGACCACAACAGGAGCUGGGACAGAGAUGUUCAUGCCAGAGUUUAAUUUUACAGGCAACAUGUGAUGAAUUCCUAGACCUCCAGGACAGAAUCUUAUGCAUCUUUCUGUUCAUUCCCUGAGAAUCAAGAUAUAUUUUACAAGCCAGCACAAUCUCCUUUCUCAGAUGCUGUAAUGCAUUUCUACCUUUGAAAUGCAUCAAUAUGAGCAAUGAAUGUUUGUUUUUGACAGUAGAGUGUGCUAGGGAACAUCCAAGAUGUACUUCAACUGAAUUAUCAUUUGGCUUCUGUUUAUCUCUCCUGUCUUGACAUUAAGGUUUAAAGGAUGUGGCUGAACUAAAUCAUUUAGUGGUGGGAACUUACUCAGGAUUUUAAUUGAAACAUUUAGUGGGAUGUUUGUUUCCUGUAUUGUUUUGCCUUGGACAAGCCUGCAGAAUGAAUAAAUCUGCUUGGGGAUGCCCUUGACAACUGUUAAAGAAGAACAAGUAAUAUACUGUUCCAGUUCUCUCAUAGGAUAUGUGUGUGUGUGUGUGUAUGUAUUUAAUUGUCGCAGAUUUGCUUGAGGAUCUUGUGGUUUUAUUGAUCAAUCAUGCCUAAAGAAAGCACAAAGAAAUCCACCACAAAAAAAAAAGUGUCUUUAAAGUGGGCAGAAAAACCCUUGGUGCUUUUAAAUAAAAUGAUACUGAGAGCUUUAGCACAUCUAGGAGGAGUGUAAACAAUUGCAGUAUGAAUACAAAACUCUAGCAGGUCAAGAGCACAGUAUUUGUAUUAUCAGAAACCAAGGAUGACAAAAGUACUGACUAUAGCUACUUUGCUGCAGCAGUGUAGAGAAAUAAGUGUUCAAGUGACCAAAGAGUCAUUUUUCUUUUUUUCCUCUUUCUCUUACAAAGUGCAAUAGGUAUUAAAAAAAUCCCAAACAAACAAACCAAAAAAACACAAUACUUCCCCAUGGUUGUCAUCUCUAUCUUUAGCUCCUUGCCUCUGCCGCUUGGGAGUUGCUGAGGGCAGUGUGAUUUGGAGGGGAGCCACGGUCAAAGAGGCUUUCACCUAAUUGGACGUAUUUGAAAUAACUCUGAAUGUCAUGAAAAUCUGUGGUGGGGGCAGGGAAGGGCCCAGGUGUGUCCCAGCAAGGGACAGGCUGUGCCGUUGUGUCCUGCUGGCUGGAUAUGUGUCCCUUGGGUCCAGGGGAUGCUGUGGGGGGUGGCCCCUUGCCCAUCUGUGUACAGGGUGGCAGGUGAGAGCGUGGGGAAAGGGGAGCAUGGGAGCUCCUGGGGCACUGGAGGAGGUGACUGUGGUGGUGGAAGUGGAGGACCUCUUCACCAGGUGCCAGAAGGGCACUUAGUUAUUUGUGUUUCCUUGGUUUUUCUUUGCCUAAAACAUAUACAUUUCUCAGACUUUGAGGAGAUCUUUGCUUAAAAUUCUGGAUGCAUCAGAAAACAGUGACAAUACUGUCUUUGUCUCUACCAACAUUUGUUUCUUAUGAUUAUUUCAGUUAACUAUAAAGGGUGUAUGUGACUCUGCAGCCCCAGACCUGCAGUGAUUUAGGCUCCUGACAGUAGCAAUUCCACAUGAAAAAAAUGCUGAAGUAAGGCUUUUAACAAAGGCCACAGUGUUGUCUGAGCUCCCUCCUGCACAGAAGUCCUUGGUAGAUCUUGGACUCUGUUGAGAGUGGAGCCAGGCAGAAGUGGAGGGGGCCUAUUCCUCAUCAAAGCCCACAGUUGCUCUCAGCAGCCCCCACCUCUCCCAUGGGAUGCUGCCACAGAUCCAGUCACAUCCAUGUAACAUCUCAGUAUGCUGACCAUGUAGAAUUUUUUUCCAGGAGAGCUAUUGAGUUUGUCCUCUCCUCACAGUGCCUGGUACUUGUGAUGGUGCAGGCUGCUACCUGUCUCUGGUGGCAGGAGGUGGGUAGGGAGCUCUACUUUUGAGGAGGUGGUUAAUGUCUCUGCUUUAUUUCCUCUCCAGAGAUACUCUUCCCACUAAUACGAAAUGAUGCCUUCUCCCAGCUUUUCUGGGAGUUGGUUUUUGGGGGGUGGGGUUGGUUCUGCUGUGGUUAGAAUCCAAAUAAAAUAAUUGGAAAAAAGGCUUCAUGGCAAACAAAUGAUGUCUCCCAAACUCUUUUUAUUUAAAAGACUCCUUUAUUUAUUUAAUAUUUUUUUUUUUUUUACCACAUCAGGGUUUUUUUGGCCUAAGAUUAUUUUUUUGUUUUAAAUAAUGUGUCUGCUAUUCUCGGUUCAUUUAAUAUGCUGUCUACAAGCAUUUAUGCGUAUCAGCUGCCCCUUUUUAUUUCUUCUAAUAAGCCUGCCUAUUUGUAUUACUUGUUUUUGAAAUUAAGCAGUACUCCCAGGGAUACUUCUUCUCCCACUUCUGUGCUCCUGCAUUGGUGUUGAGUCCAUGUGUGCCAAGGUUGCCCUCACAAGGUGGCUGAGGAACGUUUAGAGCCCAGGCCUUUUUUCUUUUUUGAAAGCACAGCUUAGGGGCCAGUGAUUUUUAGCUUCAAUUAGAAACAGAGGCAACUGCAUCAUUUCCCCUGAUGCAAGAUGUUUUGGUAGGAUUCUGUGUUUACCUGCCCUCCUUCAUCACCAUCACCUGCUUCAUGUGGUCAUUUCUGUUCCUCUGCCUAGAGAACAAGUGUCAAUUUCAUACUUAACUUUUUGUAGGCAAGAAUACCUAUAUGUAGUGUGUUUCCCACCAAUGCCAACAGAUAACAGUGUGUUUUCUACCUGGGUGCAUGUCUUCACAGCUGUUUUGCAUUACUAAAGACUUCCCUUAGGACUUCUUGAAAAAAGCAAUAAUGCAAACUCUGAAUACACAAAACUUUUCUGAGAGUAAGCUGCUACUAAGAUUUUAUUUUUCCAUUUUUGCCAUUCCUGAAAGUGAAGUCUCUGCACUGAAACCUCCCUUUAAAAGAUACCCAUUUUUUCCUCAUAUCAUCAGCAGCAAAGCUGUCAAAUUUUUAAUCUGGGCAUGUUGCCAGCUUGAUUUCCAUGUCUGGUAAGGGUGUAACUAUGUAGGUACCCAGUGUCUCCCAUCAGUUUUCUUCCUGUAUUGAUUGCAAAGUCAGUCUUAUGCCUUCUGGCCUGUUCUCCUGCAGCUUGCUGAAUUUCCAGGCAGCAGCAUCUUACAGCAAAGGUGUUCCUGCUGUCUGCCACCUCCCUCAAAAUGCUGCAUCAUCAGAAAGACCCAGCUAUGAGGUACCAAAGCACACACAGAAACAGGCAGGAUGACGUGUCAGCUGAAACCUCUCCUUGGCUCAGACUUUUAAAUGGUUUUUUUUGUUUAUUUUCUGCCAGAAAAGUGUUGUGGGGUUGUUUUUUUUGUUGUUGUGGUGGUGGUGGUUUUUUGUUUGUGGGUGGUUUUGAUUUUGUUUGUGGUUUGUUUUUUUUUUUCACUUUUCUCUCUGCUGUAAUAAUUAAGGGAAGUACUGAGAUACUACUUAACAAGAAAGGUCACCAGCUAUUGCACUAAAUACAAAUCUGAGAGUGCCUAAAAGAUAUUACUAAAUGACAUUUCCAGUGAUUGUGUUGGUGAUAAUAAAACAGAAUCACAACUUCAGUGUUUAAUAAUUAGUCUGUGGUACCUCUUGUUUCUGUGUCACACUUCCCUUUAUAACAAUGCCCUGGGAGGUAGUGUAAACUUUUAAGUGGAGUCUGAUUUUUAAGAACCUCAACAUCAUUUUUGGUAUCGGUAAAUACUUAUUUUAUUUGCUAUUUGUCUUAAGUUUUAUAUGCCUUUAAAGUGCCAGCUGUAUUUUGAAGACAUUCUUAAAGUUGUUUCAAGUGAAAUUUUGAAUGCUACAAAUGGAAAGAUACUAUUUUCCUGUGAAUAAACUGUGUUAAAGAUGGUG